AUGUUGAAGGAGGAUCGAAUCCCCCGAGAGAUUCCCAGAGAGGUCCCCAGAGAGAUCCCCAGAGAGAUCCCCAGAGAGAUCCACAGAGAGAUCCACAGAGAGAUCCCAGAGAGAUCCCCAGAUAGAUCCCCAGAGAGAUCCCCAGAGAUCCCCAGUGAGAUCCCAGAGAUAUCCCAGAGAGAUCCCCAGAGAGAUCCCCAGAGAGAUCCCCUGAGAGGUCCCCUGAGAGGUCCCCUGAGAGAUCCCAGAGAGGUCCCCAGAGACAUCCCCAGAGAGAUCCCCAGAGAGGUCCCCAGAGAGGUCCCAGAUAGAUCCCCAGAUAGAUCCCCAGAGAGGUCCCCAGAGAGGUCCCCAGAGAGAUUCCCAGAGAGGUCCCCAGAGAACCCCAGAGAGAUUCCCAGAGAUCCCCAGAGAGAUCCCCAGAGACAUCCCCAGAGACAUCCCCAGAGAGAUUCCCAGAGAGGUCCCAGAGAGGUCCCAGAGAGGUCCCCAGAGAGAUCCCCAGAGAGGUCCCCAGAGAGAUCCCCAGAGAGAUCCCCAGAGAGGUCCCACAGAGGUCCCAGAGAGAUCCCCAGAGAGGUCCCAGAGAGGUCCCAGAGAGGUCCCCAGAGAGGUCCCAGAGAGAUCCCCAGAGAGAUCCCCAGAGAGAUCCCCAGAGAGAUCCCUAGAUAG